AUUAUUAUGUUUAUUCUUGUGCUACAAUGGAGUACCACUCAGCGUCAAUGCUGAGCGGAUAGCGUUGUUUUCCUUUUUGCUGUCCGUAGGUGAACAGACAGAUGAACCUAGAGCCGAUCCCAGAGGGCAUUGAGGAGGAGAUAAUGAGUCAAGAAUCGACCCACGGUCAGUACGUUCCGGAGCCGGAGCACGUGAGCGUGCACACGGCGAGCACCGAGGGUUCGAGUUUCACGCCUCCGGGUGACGGAGGGCAACGACAGAAUCCACCUUAGCCAGCGGGACAGCCAUCAGCUGUACCACCGCCAGUCGUACCACCUCCAGUGAUGCCACCGUUGGCGAUACCGCCGGUGGCCUACGAGCAGAUGUUCCCGGCCAUGAUGGCCCAUUAUAUGCAGCACAUGGCGCAGUUUAUGCCCAUGUUCCAGCCAGCGCCACCACCACAGCCGCAGCCGCGCAUCGUUACCUUCAAGGCGUUGAAGGAUAACGGAGCGGAAGAGUUUCGAGGAGACAAGAUGGGGGAGCCCCAGAUUGCAUUGGAUUGGCUUGAGCAGAUGGACCGGGAUCCACACACGCCCAAGCCGUGGACCUGGGAUCGCUUCGAUCGAGCCUUCACGAAGGUGUACGUCCCCACCCGGUAUCGCGAGGAGAGGCGCGGUGAGUUCGUUGCGCUUAAGCAAGAGGGGAUGUCACUGCCUGAACUGAGACAGAGGUUCGACUACCUGUCCCAGUAUGCGACGAGUCUGGUCUCCACUCCGGAGGAUCGUUUGAAUGAGUUCGUCAAGAAGCUACGGCCGGACUUAAGGCCGUACGCCGCACUGAUCACGACGACAGAUUUUAAUGCGGCGUAUGAUUUGAUUGUGAAGACGGAAAAGAGCUUGGACGAUCUGCAGGCAACCAAGAAAGAGGAUCGAGCGACGAAAGACCCGCGACCCGUGGCCAGCACCGGGCCGAGCGGGAAGAGUUUUGGAUUCGGGGGAAAGAGGUACGAGAAGGGUUCUUCGAGUGCGCCACCGCCUAAGAGGAGUAAGUCGAGGUCGUCUCCGUCGGCCGCCGCUAGCAACUCGAACAGAACGAGGAGCCACCCGCAAUGUGUACAUUGUGGUAGACAUCACCCGGGCGAGUGUUGGCUCACCCAAGGCUUAUGUUUGGGUUGUGGUCAGCCAGGGCAUUUCAGGAGGCAUUGCCCGACAAACCCUAGCAGCGAGCCUAUUUUACCUAGAGCUCUGGAUCAGCCUGCCGCAUCACAUCCAGCACGGAGUCAGCAGUCUACGGUCGCAAAUAAUCAACAGAGACCACGUCCGCAGCAGUCAGGCCGGGCACCAGCGCGUACCUACGCCAUGCAUGGGCGCACAGAUCCUAGCCCCGAUGUUAUCUUGGGUACGUUCAUACUAUUUGAUUCGGUUAUGCAUGCCUUGAUUGAUCCGGGUUCCACGCUCUCCUAUAUCUGUGUUGGCAUGCCUGCUAAUUCUGCGAUUCCUCGCCGCCGGAAGCCCGCCGCCCAGCCAAUCGUCGCCGCCCAGCAGGUCGCGCAAGCCAGACCGCCGUCGCCCGUCGCCGGAAGCCAGGCGCUGCUUCCUUCGCCACCUGCCGCCGCCAUCGCCGCCGUACAAUUGGAGCAGCCGCCGGCGUCGCCGUUCAUCGCCGCCGCCAGUCGCUGCCCAGCGUCGCCCUUCCCCAGCCUCGCCGCCGCACCAGCCAAACGCCGCUGUUUUCUUCGUCGGUCGUCCGCUGCCGUCGAGUUGCAACGCCACCGUCGCCAAGCCAUCAUCGCCACCAGUCGCUGCUUCCUUCGCCUCCAGCCACCGUCGCUCACCGCCGUGAGCCAGCGCCGGUCGCUCAUCGCCACCGCCGAGUUGCAGCGCCGCCGCUGCUUCCUUCGCCGGUAGCCGCCGCUCAGCGUCGCUGAGCCUCGAGCCGCCGUCUCCCUUUGCACAGCGGCCAUCCGCCGCCGUCGAGUGCAGCGCCGCCAGUCGCUGCUCAUCGCCGUCGAGUUGCCGCUACGCCACUGUCGCCGGCGUCCGUCACCGUCGCCGCAUCCGGCCGCUGCCCCGAGUUGAUAUCGCCGACAGAUUAACCCCC